AUGCCAACGCACUCGUACGUCAGCCACGGUAUGGCGACCUUAAACUACAGAACACCAUCGGCCGCCAAGGCUCCAACCAACGGCGGUGGUCAAGCUCAUCAUCAUCGCCGCCACAGCCAUCAUUCCUCCGGUAUACCCAAAACAAUGUACGGAAUGUACGGACCCGCCACGAACAUUGGCCCUAGUGCAGGUGGUUACCUUCAGCAGCAGCACCAGCACCAACAAUACCCACAUCCACACCAACCAUCACACCGUAUGCAACAGUCCGCCAUGUAUGCGUCUCCAUCGGGCGGGCAACCGGUUAUCAACACCCCGACCGCGGCACCGUCCGUGAUGGAGGAUGAUGAUGACUUUCUGAGCGAAAUUACCGUGCAGUUCGAUGACGGUGUGCAGACACUGUACGUCGGUCCGGUGGAAAUCAUCGACAACAAAGGAGGCGUCGUCGAUGAACCGCCUGCCAAGCCGCCACCAGCCGCAUUGUCGAUGGGUCGAUCGCGGGAACGCUUGCAAGAGGAACGUGCGAUCGUAACGCUGGAACCAGUGGGCGGCAAGACCAAAAGUCAACCGUUACCGAUGUACCUGCAGCAGCAGCACGAGCAGCAAAAACAACAACAUCAACAGCACGUACGGCAACAAGCGCAACAGCAACAACAGCAAAGGAAACAGAGCGAAGUUCAUCCGAAAGCUAGACUCAAGCAAACCAAGCAAAAGCAGCAGCAACAGAAGCAGCUAGAGCUACAACGACAGCAACUUCAGCAGCAAGAACUACAACGCCACCAACAUCAGCAACAAGAACUACAACGCCAGCAACAACAGCAGCAAGAACUACAACAACUAAAACGCCAGCAACAUCAACAACAAGAACUACAACGUCAGCAGCAUCAACAACAAGAACUACAACGUCAGCAACAUCAGCAGCAAGAACUACAACGACAGCAACAUCAACAGCAGCAGCAGCAGCAACUGCAUGAACCACAAAGGCUUCAGCAGAUGAGGCUCAAACACCAGGCACUGCUGCAGCAGAUGAAUCUCAUGAAGGAAUUAUCACCCGAGCAGUUGGUGUUGUUGCAGCAGCAAUCUAGCUUAAAAUCGAUGGCUGAUUUGCAACUAACGCUAAAUGCGCAACUACAACAUAAUCAACAGCAGCAGAUUUCCCGCAGUAUUGAUUGGUAUCAGACUCAGCACGAGUUGCUGCGUCAGCAUCAAUUUAUGCGAUACCAGCAGCAGCUGCAGUGUAACCAGCAGCUGAAGGCACAGAAGCAACCGGAGAAACCACCGGUAUCGGCAGCACCACGGCCCAAGAUGUGCAUUAAGCAGGCACCGAUGCUUAACUUUGCGCUACACAACGUUCCAUCCAGCAGCAGUAGCAGCAGUAACAUGAAUAACCAGCCAAAAACUGUCUCUGAUGGCGGUAUGAAACGGCCACUGCCGUUGGUCGAUGGACGAACCACCAGCGAAAAGCAUGCGGAUCUGGUUACGCCACCGGCACCGAAACGACCCGCGCACGUUGCCGAAGCUGGACGGCUGGGUGAGUUUGUACCGGCGACGGUUUUACGAUCUCCACCAACACCGACACAGCCGGUUGCCAUUCGGGUAGCGGCCGAAGCUCAACCGCAACAGCAACACCAACCACCCGUCCUGCUGACACAGCUCAAACAAGAACCCAUCGUUGAGGAACGGGAGGAGGAGAACGCGGAACCGGAGGCGGUGGUACCAUCACCACCACCACCGCCAUCGCCUACACCAGCAACAACGCCCCUCGUCGAAAUCAAACCCUCCAUAGCUGCCGUAGUGGAACCCGUCGCGAAAUCGGCAACCAUCAUCAUGGCUUCUACGGAGAGGACGGUUUCGUUUGUGCCGGCAAUGGCGUCCACCGAACGAUUGGACGACACUGUAACAGCGACGGUUGAAGAGGAAGCGGUAGCUGCUUCAUCUGUUGCUGUUGUUCCGAAUGGUACGCAUGAGAACGGCAUCGAAAACGCUGGCAAAAGGCAAGAUGGCAAGGAUGAUGAAAUGCAGAGCCCCAUGACGAAUGGUACGCAACAGCUGCGGGAUGAGACAAUGAAGGAAAUGGCGUCUCCAUCACUGGCUGUUAAUGUAGCUGUAACUGCCGCUGUCGAGCAAACAGCAGUCACUGUAAAAAGAGGACGAGGUCGUCCACCGAAAGCAUCAUAUCAGAAACCCGUUUCAUCGGCUAUAGUUCCGACGGAAUUAGCAUCAGCACAAGAACCAGAAACCAUUAGUAGUAGCUCUUCAAUGAUUGCAACAACGGGAGCAACCGAUUUGGACGGCAGUAUUAAGAUCGGUGACGAAUCGCAAGCUGACGAAGUAAAAAAAUCAUCUAAAAAACGAGGAUACAUAUCAGUGGCGGCGCUGUUCGCCCCGGCAAAAGCAGCUCGCAAGCAGCAAAAAGAUCGUAGCAUAGCUGAGCCUGAGAGCUGUGAAGUGAUUGUAUCCGUCGCACCACCAGAGGUAACCUUAACGGGCGACGAAAUUGUAGCAAGUACUGCUGAAGUAAAUGUUGCGAACGAUGUAACUGAAAAUAAGACUGAGCAAAUGGUACCUGCACCAGUCGCCAGUGUUCCAAACGAUACGGUAGUAAACGGGCUCAACAACUUACAGGAAGAUAUUGCCGUACAACCUCGACCGCCGGUGGGAAAGACAAGAGAAGGAAGCGUUGUCAGUGGUGAUGGUGGUGAGUCGUCCGUUUCGUCGUUGGAAGAAGGUGCGAGUGUAGCGAAACAAACGACCGUCCUAGCGGAUAUGGGCCUGGAUACGGAGAAAGAAUCUUCACCGGCCAGUGAUAGUGGGAUCGAAUCGGUUAUUGAAUCUGGCACGAAGAAUGCAAGUAAAAAGCUAAAAGAACGUUCCAAAUCUAGCUUGAGCAUUCCAAGUACGUCUGCUGCGGAGGACAAACUGCAGCAGGAAGAGCAACAACAACCACAGCAGGCGGUGAAGGAAGAAAAGGAACAAAAGAGUCGCGCUGUUAGUCGUAGAGUGACCAUCGCAGGAGGCGAUAUCGUGAACAACGAGAACGAUGAUGAAGAGGAGGACCAUGAUGUAAAGGUGGGCCGUAAGAGUAAGCGAACAGUGCGUGCAACACGGAAACCGUCCGCAAAAGCGAAAGAAGCGGCUGAAGCGGCCGAAGCUGCACAACACGUGGCCCUUUCGAGUGGAGAAGAAUUUCAGUGUCCCAAAUGUGAAAUGUGCUUCAAGACUGAGAUGUGGUACAAAAAGCACUUGUUAAAAUAUCACGGCAUCGAUCUGAACCAGAGUGCGCAAUUGAAUUCGUCGUCCGUUGAUCACGAUGUUGAAGAAGAAACGCUCCCGCUUGCAGCUGUGCAUGGAGUGGAAUCGCUCGUACCGGUACUACCGGUCGUAAAUGGUGACAUUAAAGAGAAUGAAUUCGGUACGGAACAGGAUUUAUCUGUAUCCCCUGCAGCAAUGAUAGAAGCAGUAGUUACUGCUGAAAUUGCACAAAAUGACACCGAUGUGGACGAAAUUUCAAAAAGUCAACCAGCGCCAGCUGCCGAAACGAAAGUUUCCAGUGGACGGAAAAGAAAAUCCACUCCAUUCAGUGGCGAUGAGCAUGCACCAUUAAACGAAACAGAACCUUCGUAUACGGCAGCAGAGAACGAGUUGGUUCUGCCCGCUGUCACAAACGUGAAAGUGGAAUACCGAGCUUCCGGGGCAAACAAUCGUAAUCUAGCGGAAGCGGACGACGAAACCGUGACAACCGAUGACACAGAUACACCACUAUCGAGCACUAAGAAACGCAACAAAGCGAACCGCAAAUCGAUGAUAACGUCGCCGGUCAUGGAAACAAAGAAGGUGGUAAAACCGGACCCGGAUGAUUCGGACAAGCUGACUCCUUUCGAGGCGGCCAAGGUGACCAUGCUCGAGUCGGAAAUGACGGGUGAAACGCACUACACUUGCACGAUCUGUGGUGGUCAGUUUACGGGUAAAUUGGCGAUCAAGGAUCACCUCGGCACGGUCCACGCAGCCAUUAAGCGACGCUCAUGCGAAUACUGUGGGCGAACCUUCGUGCAAACCGGUGAUCUGACGAGGCACAUUCGCAUACACACCGGCCAGCGACCGUUCAAGUGUCCGGUGGUGGAAUGUAGCUUCGCGUUUAUCUCAUCGGGUGACUUACACAAGCACGUGCGGCGUCACAACCAACAGCCGCUGCCGAAACCACACGUCUGCGACCAGUGCGGCAAGGACUUUGAGCGUUCGUACGAUUUGAAGCGCCACAAGACAAUGCACGCGAAAAGUGAACCCGACUUUAAGGGCAUUUCGUGUGGUGUGUGCGGCAAGAUCUUUGCCCGCCAGGACCAGUUCCGGGCGCACACGUACCGCCACAUCGGCUACCGGCCGUACCAGUGUGAGAUCUGUGGCAAGGCAUUUACUGAUCCGAGCAACUAUUCCAAGCACGCGCGGCUGCACGAAAUGGAUGGUGUCGAGGUGGUGUGCAACUUCUGUGGCCGUCCGUUUAAAAACAAGAGCGCCAUCUCGAAGCACAUCUUCCACUGUCAGCAGAAGACAGCCGGUGGACGAAAAGCACCGGGCAAACGGGGCGGCAAGAAGAACCGUGGCACUGGCACAGAGGAGAGCAAGAAAAAUCGUCGUGUUGGAUUGGCGGUCGGGUUUGGAAAGGAUAGUUCCGUACCCGGUUUGGUGAAUCCAAAGCAGGAAAAGGAUACUUACGACGAACAGCGUGCCGGUAUUGUUACUAAACGUGAACAGUUAGAUUCGGAGCUAGAGAGCGGUGGUACGGUUUCGGGAGGGCGCACAAAACAGCAGCAGAAACAGCAAGCGUCUCGAAAGCGUAAGAAACGUCGUCAGCGAUUGCCAUCCUCGACCGAGGAAGAUGAUGAGGCGGAUAGCGAUGACGACAGUGGGGAUGAUUUUAUUGGUCCGAGUUCCUCGCGUGAUCCGUACGGGGACGAACCGGGAUCGACAGUAAAGCGGGAUCGCCGCAGCAGGAAGAGUCAAAGUGCUGUUGUAGCUGGGAAGCGGUCAUGCUCGCCACAUGAUGACCUCGAUAAGUAA